AUGGGUACUGGAGAGAAAACCACGAAGAGCUUCCAUUUACAUCGCAAACAAACGGUCAAAGUCAAGGAUGUUCCAAAAGGAUGUUUAGCGAUCAAAGUGGGAUCACAGGGAGAAGAGCAACAGAGGUUUGUAGUUCCUGUUUUGUAUUUCAAUCAUCCAUUGUUCAUGCAGCUCUUGAAAGAAGCAGAAGAUGAGUAUGGAUUCGAUCAAAAGGGCACCAUCACAAUUCCUUGCCACGUGGAGGAGUUUCGUUACGUUCAAGCUUUAAUUGAUGAGCUUGAUGAAGGAUGA